AUGAAACAAAUAAUUAAUACAUUUAUUAAAUCAAGUAGAUACUAUACGUUUAUUGGAAUGCCUCCAUUAAUGUUUAUGGAAUGGUGUAUUGCUACAUCACAAAACCCAUCUCUUCAGAUCAAUGAUACAUCUCAUCAUUGGUCUCUAAUUGCUGGGUGUAUUCUACUCAAUGUUUUAGCUCAUUCAAUGGCCUAUUGUUUCAAUUCCUAUGUUGACUUUUGGACUGGAGUAGAUGAUCCAAAAACAUCGGUUGACAGAACCAUGUUUGAUAUUGGAAUGAAAAACUUGCUCAAGAUUAUAACAUUCUCAACUGUAUCUGUGAUUCUAAUCACUGUAUGGUUGGUUCAAAAUAGUACUGGUGAAUUUGAGUGGUUAAAGAGUCAAUUCAUUGGUUACACUGCUUUACUCAUCAUCCUCGCUGCAACAUACACUCACUGUAAAUAUGUUGCAUUGGGUCACAUCAAUUGUGCAGUUUAUAUCUUUGCUACAUCCUACUUUUACUACCAAUUAUUCACAAACAAUGUUCCAGAUCGUUCAUUCUACAUCUUCUCCAUCGUCGCCAAUCUAUUCUUCCAAGUUCCAAUCAUAUCAAACUAUCAUCGUGAUUUGGUUGAAGACAAAAGAGCUGGAAUCUUGACCAUAUCCAUUCUAUUGGGUGAAGUCUAUUCUUGUUAUUUAUUAAUCGCAUUGACUUUUACGUAUGUAUUAGAUUAA